UUUACAUACGAGUCAUACCACGCAUAGCCAGCAUGUCAGCGCAGUGAACUUGCAGCGGGCUGCGAGGGACGCCAGCGGGGCUUUGUCCUAGGAAAUGUGCUUCGUGCUUUUCUUUUUUACUGCUUUUUUAUUUCGAAGAAAGACUUACAAAGACUUCUGAAACGCUAUCUAAAUGCUCGAUUGAGGAUACAAAACGUACACCAUCUACAACUAAACCCUCGAAGGGUUGGUUUUGUGCGAGUUCCAUUUUUUUGUGCGUGUGUGCUUUUUUUUUUCCCCCCUUCUUUUUUAAACUUUUACUUUUACAUACUUUGUUUUGAUCAUCUGAGGCCGGGCCUCCGUCUUUGUGAAGUUUAAGAGAAGAGCCAGGAGCUACUCAGCAAUAAUUGAUUUUUGAAACGUACUCUUUUUGGGGCGAAAGCAAAGAGCUGGUUUUCUGUGCUAGCCCAAUAAAUGCUAUUUAUGAAGAUGGACCUGUUGAACUACCAGUACUUGGACAAGAUGAACAACAAUAUCGGCAUUCUGUGCUAUGAAGGUGAAGCUGCUCUCCGGGGAGAACCCAGGAUGCAGACCAUCCCUGUGGCGUCUGCCCUCACCAGUCACCGCACGGGCCCCCCGCCCAUCAGCCCCAGCAAGAGGAAGUUCAGUGUGGAGCAAGGGGACGAUGACCUGGACUGUGAAAAUGACCAUGCUUCCAAGAUAAGUCGCAUCUUCAACCCCCAUCUGACCAAGACGGCCAACGGCGACGGCCGGGGAGGCCCCCGGGAGCGGAGCCGCAGCCCCCUUGAACGGGCCGUGGCCCCCACCAUGAGCCUGCGCGGCGGCCACCUGUACGCGUCCCUCCCCAGCCUCAGCGUGGAGCAGCCCCUCGCACUGACCAAGAACAGCGUGGAUGCUAGCAGGCCGGCCGGCAUCUCGCCCACACUGACCCCGGGGGAGCGGCAGCAGAACCGGCCUUCCGUGAUCACCUGUGCCUCUGCCAGUGCUCGCAACUGCAACCUCUCCCACUGCCCCAUCGCACACAGUGGCUGUGUGGCAGGGCCGGCCAGCUACCGGAGGGCCCCGAGCUCCACCACCACCUGUGACCCUGUGGUGGAGGAGCAUUUCCGCAGGAGCUUGGGCAAGAACUACAAGGAGCCGGAGCCAGCGCCCAACUCCGUGUCCAUCACGGGCUCCGUGGACGACCACUUUGCCAAAGCCCUGGGAGACACGUGGCUUCAGAUCAAGGCGGCCAAGGACGGCGCGUCCAGCAGCCCUGAGUCGGCCUCACGCAGGGGCCAGCCUGCCAGCCCCUCUGCCCACAUGGUCAGCCACAGUCACUCCCCGUCUGUGGUCUCCUGAAGGGAGCUCCACCCUCGAACAAGACGUCGAUCUGCAUGGUUUGCCUGAGCUUCGAACAGUCAGUCAGUGCUUAAAAAAUGGAAAAACAAAAAAAAUCGUGGGAGUGGGGUGGGGGGGAAGGGAAGGGAUGGUUUAUUCGCAAAAACCAUGUCGUUGGGAUUUUUGUUGUUUUUGUACUUGCUUGGUAUGUGUACGCCAGGGCCCUCGAACAUGAUAGCAGGAAUGGCGUGUGGAACAUCUGUCAUGUAGCAUCCUAACUUCCUGCCUCAGUUACCAAAGAAACCUCUGAUGCAGGUCUGCUGCCCUGACAGGGCCAGGACUCCACGGCACGCGCUUUCUCGGUCACAAGCCAUGACGGUGGUGACCCAAACGCUUUGUGCUUUUCCAUUUGCUUCUCGAGACCGGGGUGAGUGUGGCUUAGCUCCCGUGGCUUGUUCGGUGCAGCCCACAUGUGUGCGCUUGUGUGUGUGCGUCUACUUGAAGAGAACUGUCGUGUCUGAUUUGCACUAUUGGAGGAGGACUAGAGUUGCCUGCCUGACAACUUUAUGUGAGAUGCUAGAACUCGGAGGGCAAACUGCUGAAAAACAAAGGGUUUAAGGAUGACAUUUCUGACCAUUUGUGUGUUUUUUGUUGUUUUUUAAUUUUAGACAAAACAGCUUUUUGGAAGGGGAAGUCUCAUACAGGUUAUAGGUCUUUCUCUCUAGAUUUCAGGUGCUUGCAACUGGACUGCAGAUUACCAAUCACGGGCAUUUUACUUUUCCUAAACACUGCAGUUUGUUAGACUAGAGCUGAGGCUUGGAGGUGCCGUAGUGCUUUAAAUGUGAUGCAUGUUUUAAAUGGAGAAAAAUAGCUGGUUUCUAUUAAUUGUAUAGACAGCAAACACAAACCUUAAUACUUGGCUAGCUUCUGUUCAGAAUUAGUUUAUUUUUGUCAGUUACAGUCCUAGAUACACUUACUGCUGGUACAGUUGUACUCUAAGAUUGGUAUUUGAUAUUCACGUUACUCCCAGGUGGUGUGGGGCUAGCCGGCCCCUGGAGACGGGCGGUUGAGUCCAUCGGUCCGCCGUGGGGUCGGACGCUGGAGUUUGUGCUAAAGGCUGACGGCAUCAUUAUUGUGUUGCGUCCCUGCCUGCUCAUUACUAGCUCCCAGGGAGUUGGGAUUUGUGUCUUCAGCUUCCCUCCAUGCAGAAACUGCUCCCUUUAACUCUCUUGGCUGAACAGCAGAUUACUGACAAUCUGUGAUACGGUAUUUUGUAUGCUUCCUCGUACGCUGGGGCCAAGGCAGUAUACAUUCCUCUGACUUUAUACAGUUAUUACUGCAUUUAUUAUCAUUUGCUAUAGUAAUAGCUACUAACUAGACAUUAGGAGAAGAAAGCAUGACGGACACAGCUGUGGGUGUUCAGUAGCUGAUCUUUUUGGUAAUUGCAUGUGUCGACCCCCCUGAUCCUCCACUGGGCUACAUUCCAGCCUCGCCCACCAGAGGGCUUAGGAAGUCACCUGGCCAGGUGACAUGGGCGUGACCACUUCACCUGCAAGGCAUUGUGGACUCAUGGGAACCCUCGGGGCUGCCUUUCAGUGAGAAAAAUACAGGUUAACUGGUUCAUUUGGAAAAUUGGCACCAGGUAAAAAGGUCGGAGAAUUUGCUCUUGCUGUGGUCACGGGGUGGCUGCUGGUCUUUGAAAAGCGAAAGAAAAGCCCUUCUCCUCUCUCCCCCUGCACACAUUUCACUCCCACUUAACUGGGCUUCCAGGCUUUCGCAUCCAGGCCCCUAUAUUUUCUGUAGGAAGAAUCGUUGAGAACACUUUUUUUAUAUAGGUAACUUUAAGACCAUCAUUACGCUGUGCGUAAAGAAUGUACAGAGAAAUUUGUAGGUAUUUUUUGAAGAACAAUUAAUUUGUUAAUGAUAUGUAGCUAUUUAAUUUUUCCCUUUCCUAUUGUAAUCAUUCAUAUUUUUUUUUGUUUGGAAAAAAAAGUUGAUCUUUUUUUUUUGUCGUAGAUUUGUCUGUAAAAGUGCAGGAACACAGUUAUUCUAUGAGAACACUGCAUCUGCCUUAAUAGCCACUAGUUUGUUAUUGCUACAGGCUACUGAGCAUUGCCACAGGAAAACAACCCACUGCCGGGGGCUCUGUGGGGGUGGCUCCUCAGCCAGCUCUCUGUCAGCCAACGGGGGCAUCGCUUUGGGAGGGGACGGUGGCGCUGAUAGCCAGGUCCCUGGUGCACUGACCUAUCUGGGAUAGGCAGUACCCCGGAGGGGCCUCGCGCAGACAGGGAACAGGAAACCAAACCCUUUACCGGGAAAGGACCCAGUCCCUGGCUCUGGAAGGGCGCCGUGAGCUGCUCACAGAGCCAGCCCAUCUGCAGUGCGUCGCACAGUUCUCUCCGUGUUUGUAAAUCUGUAAUAUACCAUUCUCUGUGGCCUGCUUUUUUUGUGGAAGAAGAAGGAAAAAAAAGGUUUGGCAGGCCAUCUUUUUUUUGUACUUAAAAGUAGCCUUAAGAACAAUAAUAAAGUGCUCUUAAACCACG